GCUUUGUCGUAUUUCGGUUAUCUCUUUCGCAGUAAAUUAAUUUUAUAUUAUAAUAUAAACCAGUAUCUGAAGGAAGAAGAAAUUUCAGCUGGACUCAGAACACACAGAAAGAGAGAGAGAGAGAGAGAGUGGGGAGACGUUUUCUCACCAUACCAUUUGAUCCUGCCACUUCCAUCUGUGAUCUUUCAUCCUCCUCAGUAUCUCCUCCGGGUACCAGCAUUGCGUUGAUAUUCCAGAUCUUUCACACAAGUGUUUUAUCUGAACCACCUGUGAAUACCUUAUAGUGUCUUCUGAGUCAGGCAUUUGUUGACACUAAUGCAAGGUCAAGGGAGUGGUAUUGAUACUUUCCUUGAAAUCACAGAUGUUGGGCUUGGAUCUCUCUCCAACAGCACUAGUAUGAAUCAGCAGACUUCUUUAAAUAAUAUGCUAAAUCCUGUUGAAAACCAGUUGUCAAGCUAUAUGAUGACAUCUGGUGAGAUUCCGUGUUUAAAUGCCUCUAGUAAUGACACCCAGAACUUGAGUGGUUCAGGUGAACCUAGCUCAAGAUUGAAUCUACGAAACCCAGUGGACGAUGAUGGGAUGAAAAUGGAAGAAGGUUGGUCAUCUCCGUAUGGUGCUUGUCCUGUUAUUGGUCAAAGUUCAGAAGAAAGACGAGUUGAACAAAAUAUCCUUUUUCCUGGGAGAGCUCGUAUUGGACAAAGUGGCAAUCAGAUUCAAGGCGGGCCUUCUUUUUCUCAGGGCUCUCAAAAUGCAAAUAUAAAUUCUGCGUAUGUGGGAAAUGGUGGUAAUAGUGCGCCUGGCAUGGAAGCUGAUAUGUCAGGUGGAUUAGAAACAGAACAGACAUCUUCUGGCAGUGUUUCGCCUGAUAUUAUUGAGACUUCAUCCAGAAGCACUGAUUUUCUGGUUGAGGAAAAUGAUGGUAAUGCAGGUUCUUCUUUUGGAACUUGGGGCUUAUCGUGCAAGCGAAAGGCCCUUGAGGGAACUUCAGGCCAGGGUUAUGCUGGUGGAAGUUCUAGCUCCCUUCCACAAGCUGAAACUAGUGCAUGGAAUACUGGUCCUGCUCAUUACAGUCCUAGUAAUUUAAGUUUAUCUACACCCUUGCGUAGUUCUCCUAGUGGGUGUCCUUCAGAACAAAGCUCAAGAACCAGGGUUGGUUUGAGACUUGGGACAUCUGAUACGUUUCCUUCAUUAGGUGCAACAGGAAAUGGAGCAAGCUCACUGCGGGAAUUUUUUUGUAGGGGGGGUUGUCCUGGGCCUCAGCAAGAAUCUGCUCCAUCCAACUUAUCAUCACAAGGGAGAUCAACAACUGCAGCUGCAACAAAUUCGGUCGGUCCCCAAAGCCAGUUUCCUGCUAUGCAUAUGAGUGGUUCGUCAGUAGACAUGCUUCCUUUUCCUUGGACUGGUGCUUCCAGUUCAAGAGUGGGCAGCUUAUCAAGUUCUCUUAUGUCUGGAUAUAGAGGUGCUGAGUUAAGAGAAGAAUCAAACUUAAGAAGCAUUCCCAGAAACAUUGUCGAGCAUUCGACGUUUGCAACUGCUACUGAUAUGAGAAAUUCAGCACAGGAUCCCACAAUUUGGAGUCUGGCCCCUGGAGAAUUUAGCUCUUCUGUAGGUGCUCCUUCCUCUUCAACAAUUGGCUCCAGUUCGGUCAUUCGUUUUGUGCCUACUCCUGCAUUGAUCCGUGCCAAUAACCCUCCUACCGAAAAUCAUCAAAGAACAAUAGAUUGGUCUUUGUUUCCUUCUGUUGAUUCUCAACCCGGAGGUCAUAGUCAUUAUAACCCAGUACCUUCAGGACCUGCUUCCUCACAAGAUUCAGGAAGUUCUUCUGGAUCUAAUAACCAGGGUCGUCAUCUACCACAUCCUAGGUCAGCAUUCUUGCUGGACAGACAAGGUGAUGAUGCUCUUAAUAUGCCCCAGUCACUGCGGGUAUUGGCAGCCGACAUCGAAGGGAGGCGCAGACUUAUAUCUGAGAUUCGUCAAGUUUUGAAUGCUAUGCGCAGGGGUGAGAACUUACGCGUCGAGGAUUAUAUGCUCUUUGACCCAUUCAUAUAUCAUGGCAUGGCUGAGAUGCAUGACAGGCACAGAGACAUGCGCCUUGAUGUUGAUAACAUGUCUUACGAGGAACUGCUGGCAUUGGGGGAACGUAUAGGAGAUGUUAGCACUGGACUGAGUGAGGAGACUAUUAUGAAGUGCAUGAAACAGCGAAAAUUUCUUGCUAUUUCAGAAGAAUCCCCAGCAGAUAUGGAACCGUGCUGUGUCUGUCAGGAGGUAUAUGCUGAUGAGGAUGCUAUCGGCACGCUAGAUUGUGGGCACGACUUCCACACCAGCUGCAUCAAACAAUGGCUAAUGCAGAAGAAUCUGUGCCCGAUUUGUAAAACAACAGCCCUGCUUACUUGAAAGGGAAAACCAUUGAUGUCCAAGCCUGAAAUUUGAUUUUCUUGCUGCUGUAUCAUUAAACCCGAAAGUUGGGGGAGAAUCUAGUCCUCCCUCCUUGUCUGAAACUAGCUUUAUUUGUGCAUGAACUGCAUGGUUUCAUAAAAAGCGGAAAGACCAGCCGUCACUGGAAAAAAAUAAAAAGAAGAAACUUUGCUGCGUGGGUCAUGAAGGGAUUUAUAUAUCAGCUGGCCAAGGGUACCUUUUUUAUUUUUUUAUUUUUUUUUUAUUUAUUUUUUAUUUUUAUCACUAUGAGAAUAAUGAAUGUAUUUGAAUAAUGUUUCUGGAUUUAUGAAGCCUUUGCUGAAUUGGAA